AAACCGAAUGCUGAAUGCGGUUACAAGCAAUGUCCAGCAACAAAAGAUGGGGCGCUAAACGUUCACGUCAUACCACAUUCGCACAUGGACGCUGGCUGGGUGAAGACCUUCGAUGAAUAUUACUAUGGCACUAAGACCAGCGUCAGCUCAGCGAACGUUCAACUGAUAUACCACUCCGUGCUAUCUGAACUCCUUCACGAUAAGAGAAGAAAAUUCACUUUCUCAGAAACAGCAUACUUCUGGCGUUGGUGGAAAGAACAGCGUGGUACAACACGGGCGACAUUCAGAUCUCUCGUUGCGGAAGGACGGAUAGAGUUUGCGGGUGGUGGUUGGGUGCAAGCUGAUGAGGCCACCGUUGACUAUCUUCAACUUUUGGACCAGUAUACUUGGGGACUGAGGAAACUUAACGACACUUUGGGUCCAUGUGGUAAGCCCAAGGCUGCGUGGCAGAUCGACACAUAUGGGCAUACGCGGGAACACGCGUCCCUACUCGCACAAAUGGGCUUCGAUGGUCUUUUCAUAGGUAGAGUUGAACACAAAGCAAGAGAAGUAAUGAUAGACGAAGAUCGAAUGGAGUUCAUUUGGAGAGGAAGCGAUGUGCUCGGUAAAAUGUCUGAUAUAUUAACGCAUACGUUGUUCAACCUGUACAACGCGCCGGACGGAUUCUGUUUCGACUUCCUCUGCAGCGACGAACCAAUCGUUGAUGAUUAUGAUAGCAAAGUUUACAAUGCUGAUAAGCGAGUAAACGAUUUCAUCUCGCAAGUCGAACGUCAGGCGAAAUAUUACGACCACGAUAACAUAAUCGUGACGAUGGGGGGCGACUUCACCUACCAGAGCGCUGCGAACUGGUUCAUUAAUAUUGACAAAUUAAUAAAUCACGUAUCCACGCACCCAGCAAAUAUGUCCGAUGUAAACAUAUUUUAUUCGACGCCAUCUUGUUAUUUGAAGUCUGUUUACUUGUACGGGAGGAGGGACAAGGCACUCCACACUGAAAAGGCUGAUCACCUGCCUUAUGCCAGCGACGCUAAUACUUACUGGACAGGCUUCUACACUUCCAGACCUAGUUUGAAAUACUUGAUAAAAAGGGCGCAUGUUUUUUUGCAGGUUGUAAAACAACUGACAGUACUGUCGCGAAUGGGCGAUUCAUACGAACUCCAUUUAUUGAGACACGCGGUCAGCUUGGUGUUACACCACGACGCAAUUACAGGGACAAGUCAACAUCAUGUGACGAACGAUUUCAUAAGAUUAUUAUCUGAGGCUGUAGAGGCGUGCUCGAAAAGAGUGUCUAGUUACUUAAGUAUCCUAACGCCAACGUGGGGUGGAAGCAGGCGACCGAAGAACGGGCAGCAAUUCGUCAUCUGUCAUCAAUUAAACAUGAGCCAAUGCAGAUUCACGGAAACCCAAGAAUCAAUACUACUGAUAGUCUACAACCCGCUCAGUGUGAAAGCUUACUUCCAUGUACGACUUCCGGCCGUCGCUCUGCAUUAUUCGAUCAGAGAUUACAAUGAUGAGGAAGUAGAAUACCAGCUGGUACCGCUGCCAGCUGCAAUUAUCAAUAUGCCAGGCCGUACUUCCAACAGUAUACAGGAACUGUGCUUCGAAGCCGAGAAUAUCCCGCCAUUAGGAUUCACCUCGUACAUGUUGUCACCGAUACGUGAUCAGCUGGCAGAAGGUCAAUUUGUAAAAAAAUCUCAAAAGCAGGAAACCGAACAGGAGCUUACGUCAUUUAUUUCUAACGAGUACAUUAAAGUAAAUAUAAACAAAACCUCUGGCCUGCUGGAGUCUAUUCAGCACAUAGAAGGAAUCAAAAUACUCAUCAGCCAGAACUGGUACUACUACAGUCAAAGCCAGCAGGCGCUGCAGUCUGGAGCGUACAGCUUUAGACCUGGAAAAGAUAGACCUACACCUAUUACAGACAAAGUGUCCUACCACACGAUACGAGGGUCGCUGGUGAAGGAGAUCAGGCAACGGUUCAGCGACUGGAUCACACAGUUCGUCCGGCUGUACCGCGGGGAGGAGUUCGUCGAAGUGGAGUGGGUUAUAGGACCGGUGCCCGUUGGAACUGAUCUGGGUAAGGAAGUGGUGACGAUCUUCAACACCAACAUCAGUAACAAUGGCGUCUUCUACACUGACUCCAACGGAAGACAGAUGAUGAAGAGAACAUGCUGGAACGAGUCCACUAGUCACCCACAAAAGAAGCCGGUAGCAGCUUGCCAGUACCCGGUGACCUCCCGGAUUUGCUUGCAAAGUGUGAACAGCAGCGCGGGACUGUGCGUACUGACAGACAGGGCGCAGGCAGCGACCUCUUAUAACGAAGGAGAAAUUGAGUUAAUGGUUCAUAGAAGGCUUUUAACAGACGAUGGCUUCGGUCUCGAAGAAUCUCUGAACGAAGAAGCCUUCGGUGUGGGAUUAGUCGUGAAGGGCAAACACAAAAUAUUUUUUGGCAAUCAUAAACAAGAAGUUGAAGGGUUAUCAUUCUUUGAACGAGCAGCACAGCUAGCAAGGAAGUGGACCCUGGAGCCCUGGUUGUUCAUGACGUCAGGAGAAAAAAUCAACAGGAGGAAAUGGCAAAAUGUUCGAAACAAGAGAUAUUCAGCUCUACGUAUUCACGGACUUCCUCGUCACAUUCACAUUCUAACGCUGGAACCUUGGAAAGCUGGUUCCGUUCUGUUGAGAUUAGAAAACACUUUAGAAAAAGGUCACGGGCCCCAUAAUUUAGACAAUGAAUCGAUUGAUCAUGACGGUGGUCACAUAACGGUCAAUAUAAACAAGAUUUUGCUGCAUCCGAUUAAAGCUAUCCAAGAGACGACCCUGGCUGCUAAUCAGUGGCUACAGGAUGCAAGGCAGAUGGAUUGGAGUACCAGAUACGUAUAUUCGGGUGGUGACGAUGGUAUCCUACCAGAAGACAAUCCGGACUACGUCGAAGAUUUCAAGUUCAGCAAACAAACUGAAGUCAAAGAUUCUGAACAUUAUUCAGAUGAAAAUUAUUAUCGUAAGAAAACUUCUGGUCAAAGAAAUAUACGAAAUCAAUCAGUAAACCGGGGGUUUGCUAAUAGAAGAAGAAGAUCAACAAACAGUACAGAAGGCUUAACUGAUGACAGAAUUAAAGACUCAAAUUUGACAGCAUAUGCGAAAUUAGUCAAAGAAAAGAACGACACGAUUUGGUACUUCGAUAGUAAAACGAUACAACCAAAUAUAUUUAAGCGUUACAAGACAUCAAGAUUGAAACUGUAUACAACUGGUCUGCCAAAAUUAAGCUUCCUUACAUCACGAAUGCCGAGGAAAUUUACACAAGAAGUUAGUCAAGAGAAUUUCUCGGUUGAAGACGGCUUAUUCUUUAAUGAACGUUUGCCAAAGAAAAGGAAUCGAAACAGAAAUACGGCUUACAAACAAGAUGAUGUUUCAAAAACUGAUGAUUACGGAGAUGGCGUAACCAAAUCUAUGUACGAUAUGUAUUACAGAACCAAAAAACGAACAGACCCACAGAAACAUUAUCAGCGAAGUUCAGAAAUAGGUACAAGAAGAAACAAUAGAAGAAUUAAAAAAGGUGACUCUUAUAAAUUGACAGCUAAAAGUAAUAACAAUAAAAGUAAAAGAAGACUAACGGGUAGGAUGCCUUUCUUUAUUGUAAAUAGAAGAUAUAAUAGUGGAGAAGAGAGUGAAGGCAGCAGAAAUACAGAUCACUGUGGGAGUUACAAGGAGAGAAGUGGACUUGGAGGUAGAAGACAAGACUCUAAGGCAGAUAUCUAUUUUAUGAGAGGUGUCAGACGUAAGAGAAGUCGAAAUAAGAGACAAGAAAGCGAAAACGAAGAUUCACAAGAAGGAGAGACCGACACAGAGGAAGAAGAAUACGACUAUAAUAUAAGGAGAAAACGCGCGGUCGAGCCCGAGCCGAGCGCGGAGCGCGCCGAGCCGGAACACGUCGUCACACUGCGCCCCACGCAGGUGCGGACCUUCGUUAUCACGUUUGAGGAAAGGAAAGAAUUCACUUUAUAAUACUGAUACUCGACAUUUUUAUUAUUUAUAGACAAUUGUAUUUAAAUUAUUAAAGCAUUAAGUGAUUAUGAUUUCAUUGACUUACCAGCUAUCACUGAUGGAAGGCUUCACCCCGCCCUCAAUAAUUUAUAUUGUUACGAACGCGAUAUUACAUAAAUUAUACGAUACUGUCAAUACUUAUUCUUAUUCAAACUUCACUAUUAUAUUUCGUUCUUAGGGAUUUCGUGUAAAAGAUUGUCGUAGUUAGGUGCAUGUUUAAUAAAGACAUUCUUGAAGAAAUAACUAAAUCCAGAACAUAUUUCUUUUUCGUUAUUGUAGAUUUGAUUACCGAAAUGUAAUGAACUAAGAUAAGGACUUUGAUUUCUACGUUUGGAUGAAACAUGAUUGUGAAGAAGCUUAGGUGACCU